AUGUAUAAGCUUUAUUUUUCACUAUUUUUUUUAUUCACAUUUUCAUUCCUUUUAGUUGGUUGUUAUUUUAAUUGGGAAAACAAUUAUGUGAAGUUUGCCUUUGAGAUUUUCAGAGAUGCAAAAAUCAAUUUUCCCUUUAAUAGUUAUAUUUCAAGGCAUAGCUUUGAAAUUCAGAUUUUUGAGAAACAUGGUGAAACUUUAUUUGAAGAAUUCAGAAAUGAGACAAAACAGGAGGAUUUAGUAGAAAAAGUUGAAAUUGUCAAAAAUCUCCAAGAUUCUUUAGAAGUGAUUUUGGAAUCAGAACCAAUUGUUACAGAGAAUAGAAGAAAGUUUUCCAACAACUUUGGGUUCCCUCUAAACUUAAACCCGAGGGGCUUCAAUCUAAUGAUGAAAAUUAAAUAUGGGAGAAAUUCAGAACCAAUUAAGAUUAUUUUCAUGGGGAGAGACUUAAGAAAUCUAUUUAACAUCAUUAUCAAAGAGUGCCGAAUCUAUCUUUUUUCCAAAGACAAUAAGAGCAAUGGCUACUUCUACGAUAGUUCUCCUCUAUUUCUACCAAAAAAUAGUUCAGACUAUCUCCACUUGAUGAUGGAAUGGUCUGAAGAGACUUUUAGGGUCUCUGCAGUCAGACCAGAUAAUACUCAAGUGGCUUUGGGUAGUAUCGUAAAAACAGACUCUCCUUUAAUAGCCUCUGGAUCUGCCUUUAUGGGAGAAACAUUGAUUCCACUACAGAUUGAGUGGAACUUCACAAAUAAACCUAUUAACGUCAGAUUCUACUGUCUAAUUAAUUAUUUCGAAGGAAGGUGUAAGAGUAACUCUAUUAGAAUUUUAGACACAUCAAACAAAAGGUUUCUUUCUCUAAAAGCAGAUAGAGGCUUUUUGAAAGUCGCCUUUCAGUUCCCUCCAAAGAAUAAACUUCCUGUGAAUCUGAAAAUGAUAGGGGAUAAAGAACUGGCCGUUACAAUCCAGUUUUUCCUUGACCAAAUGGUUGUACAUGUAAACAGUAACUCUUUCAAGCAUUUCUUUCUAAACGAGUACCAAGAAGGGGAGUGGCUGAACUUAGAUUUGGUCCCUAUUUCAAAUUUGAGUCUGAAAUAUUUAAUUCAGACCUUAAAAAUUGCCUGUUCUACAAGGAUUUUUGGUCUCAAAAGUACCAACAGCUGUUUGGACUCUAUUAAAGAAGGGAACUCUUCUACUAAGGAUAGGAAUAAAGAUUCGGCUAAGGGAUCAUGUGAAAAUGAUUUUCUUCAAAAUAUAGCAAGAAGUGGGAAAAUUCUUGAUCGUGGUUAUAAACUCCCAAAAAAGAAAGAGCUUAAGACUUUCAACCUGACAGAAGAAACAGAAAUAUCUGACACCUCCAACUCUAACAAUAACUUCAAGCUUUUGAUGGCAAUAGAUGAAGAAAUUAUAGGUAAUAUAUUAAUAAAGAGAGAAUAUUUGGAUAAGUUUAGUUUAAGCUCGGGAAAUAGUGUAAAUUCUUUUAAUUAUACGGAUUCCAGCCAUGCACCUUUGGGUUAUUGGAGAUUAAAAGCAGGUUUUCCAAAAUAUAUUGAGAAUUUGGUAAGUUUUCUAUGGAAAUUCAAAAAUAGGUUUUAA